CAAGCUUGGCAACAGCUUGGAAGGUGGGGCACUUGGCAUUGCCCAUCCACUGCAGGGAGGUGGGAGGGGCAGCUGGGUUUGGAGGGAGGCCAUUGUACAGAUGGAGAAACUGAGGCAUGGGGCGAGGAAGAGAUGCCCAGGAGGUAUGGAGGCCAGGCCUCACCUCAGUCAACACUCACCUCUCUGAGCUGUGAGGGGAUGGAGAGCCCCGGUGGGGAGAAGCCCAUCCAGCCGGCUGAGGGGAAAGGGCCUGAAGCCAGAUGGUGGAACUGGGGGAUCGGGAUGGGAGUGGGGAAUCCUCCCCUCUCUGAGCUCGUUCCUGCUCCUGGCUGGAGGGUGGUAUGAACUCCCCUUCCAGGGUCACUGAGAGCACUGAAGGAGAGAAGCCUGGGGGGCAUUCUGGAAGCUUCCCCCCCCCCACCGCAGUGACACCAGGGAGACCCAUUGGUACAGGUGGGGCCCCAUCAUAAAGGGCUCGCUGUGCACACUCAGCACCGUGCUCUGGACUGACCCAGAACUGCCGCACUGAAUCCACUCAGCAGCCCAAUGAGGACAAUGCCAUCCUCCAUCACCUGGGGCCUCCUCCUGCUGGCAGGUCUGUGCUGCCUGGCCCCCCGCUCCCUGGCUCAGGGUCUCCAGGGAGACGCUGUCCAGGACACAAAUGCAUCCCAGCACAAUCACGAGCACCACCGGGAGCCAGCCUGCCACAAGAUCGCCCUGAACCUGGCUGACUUCGCCUUCAGCAUGUACCGCCAGGUGGCUCACGAGUCCAACACCACCAACAUCUUCUUCUCCCCCGUGGGCAUCACUACAGCCUUUGCGAUGCUCUCUCUGGGGGCUAAGGGUGACACUCACGGCCAGAUCAUGAAGGGCCUCGGUUUCAACCUCACUGAGAGAGCAGAGAGUGAGGUCCACCAAGCCUUCCAGGAACUCCUCCGCACCCUCAACCACCCAGACAACCAGCUGCAGCUGACCACUGGCAAUGGUCUCUUCAUUACUGAGGGCAUGAAGCUACUGAAUAAGUUUUUGGAGGAUGUCAAGAACCUGUACCACUCAGAAGCCUUCUCUAUCAACUUCGGGGACACUGAAGCGGCCAAGAAACAGAUCAAUGAUUAUGUAGAGAAGGGAACCCAAGGGAAAAUUGUGAAUUUGGUCCAAGAUCUUGACAAAGACACAGUUUUCGCUCUGGUGAAUUACAUUUUCUUUAAAGGCAAAUGGGAGAAGCCCUUCCAGGAGGAGCAUACCACAGUGGAGGACUUCCACGUGGAUGAGCACACGACCGUCCAGGUGCCCAUGAUGAGCCGCCUGGGCAUGUUCGACAUCUAUCACUGUGACAAGCUGUCCAGCUGGGUGCUGCUCAUGGACUACGUGGGCAACGCCAUUGCCAUCUUCAUCCUCCCCGACCAGGGCAAGAUGCAGCAGUUGGAGGACAUGCUGACCAAGGAACUCCUGGCCAAGUUCCUGGAAAACAGACACACCAGGUCUGCCAGUUUACGUUUGCCCAAACUGUCCAUCUCUGGAACCUACGAUCUGAAAACCAUCCUGAGCAAAAUGGGCAUCACCAAGGUCUUCAGCAACGAGGCUGAGCUCUCAGGGAUCACGGAGCAAGGGCCCCUGAAGCUGUCCAAGGGGCUGCAUAAAGCUGUGCUGACCAUCGACGAGAAAGGGACAGAAGCUGCCGGGGCCGUGUUUACGGAAGCCAUCCCCAUGUCGAUGCCCCCGAGUAUUGACUUCAACAGCCCCUUCCUCAUCAUCAUCUAUGAUAGAAACACCAAGAGCCCCCUCUUCAUGGGAAAGGUGGUGAACCCCACCCAAAAGUAACUGCCUUUUGGGUUCAGCUCCCUCCCGAGAUGACAUUAAAGAGUGACCCGG